AGUGCUGAAAAAGAAAAAUAGUAUAGUUUCCGAGUCAUAUCUCUCUUCGUCGAGGAGGAGGAGAAUCUCGAUUUAAAUCGCCGACCGCAGGAAACGAUUAAUACCGUCAGGUGCACGCGGUUCACAUACGUACACAUACGUAUAUUGUACGUAUACUCAGCGCCCCGUGCGAGAAUGGAGUCUUCUCUCAUCCUGUUUGAAACGAUGAUCGCGCGCGUCGUCGCUUUCGCCUGAUGCAUUCGUCGGGACGCAGUGUCGUCGCUAACGUAAGAGCGCCGGCGAGUAUCCGCCUGAGAGCGACUGACAGAUCCGGACGGUAGCGACCGACGACGACGAUCAUCGAGAAGUGGUGGUGAAUCUCGUCGUUCGGAUUUUUGCAAACGAGUGCGAUGAAGAAGAAUGGUGGAGCGAGCGUCUCCCUCGUCGCCGCCGCAGCUGCUUUAGUGCGACAACCCGUGCAGUGAAUUGCAUUCGGAUGUGUGCGCGUGUUGUGUUACGAUCUUGUGAGAAUAUAAAUAAAUACACACCGUGAGAGAGAUAAUCGAGUGAUAUAUAUAUAUUACUGACGAUGCGUAUAUCAUUUGAUUGCCACCUGAGGUGAGAGUUUCGGAAUACAGGGAGGGAUUCGCGACGAGGGAUCAACGGACGAGUGUGAAACACGUGUGAAAUUACUAUCCCCGUGUGAAGUUCUCUCUCUCUCUCUCUCUCUCUUUCUCUCUCUUCGUCUCUGUAUAAUCUCCGUCUCCUGUAAUCAUGGAUAAAAAGCCGAGGAUCAACCACCGCACGCAGAUCGCGAUAAUGAACCUAUUGCUCCUCUGCACCGCACCCAUUCGUGCACGCGUCGACGAAACGCAGAUGGACACGCACGAGGGCUCGACGGUGCAGCUGCAAUGCCGAUUUCCACCGCCGCGAGAGAACGUCACGUGCUUCUGGUUGACCCACACGAACAACAAUCUCGACAACGCGGCGAUCGAGAACCGCUCGCUGUCGCCCAACUACAAGGUGUUCAUGAAUCUGGAGGAGGGCCGUUACGAUCUGCAGAUUAGGAACGUGUCCUACGAACGCGACAACGGCAAGUACGAGUGCAGGGUAAAGGUGAGCAGCACCGGCACCGAUCUUCACAGGAAGUACAUCACCCUGACGGUGCUGAGGGCACCGGGCCCGCCGACGAUAUCGCCCGCCUCCGCACCGGCGACGGAAGGUCAGCGCCUCGAGCUGCAGUGCAACACGUACGGCGGCAGUCCCGAGCCGGAAGUGAGAUGGUAUCGCGGCAACAGCACUGUAUCACUGCACACAGGUAGAACGCUGGUGGUGGAACCCACACGGGAGGACGACCGAGCGAUCUUUCGGUGCGUCGUGAGGAAUCGGGCGAUGCGCGAAGGCGAAACUUUGGACGCCUCGGUGACGCUCGACGUCAACUAUUUCCCGCGCGUGACCGUCGGUCCGGAGAAUCCGCUCAAGGUCGAGGUGAACGGCACCGCGACUCUCAAGUGCCAUGUGGACUCGAAGCCGAUGGUCGGCAUGGUCCGUUGGUGGCGGGACGGCAGUUUCAUCGCCACCAAUUUUAAGCACGUGAUACCUAAAGUGACGCUGCAGGAUGUCGGCAGGUAUACCUGCCAGGCGGACAACGGGCUCGGCAAGCGUACCGACGCUUCCUUGAUGCUGGAUGUGCUCUAUCCGCCCACGGUGUCGAUCGAGGGCGACACUUUCCGAGUGGCCGACGUCGAGGACAGCGUGACCAUCCACUGCAACGUGACCGCCAAUCCGACGCCGUCGGUGAUCGAGUGGCUGCGAGACGGUCGGCCGGAAUUCAGGCAACCGGGCUCGAUUCUGCGAUUGACCCGGGUCACGGCGGAACACGCCGGUAAUUACACGUGUCGCGCGGUGAACACGAUUCAUCCCACUGGUGGCGAGCGCAGGAAUCAUUCGGCAUUUGCCAGCGUCACCAUUCGGGUGCGACACAAGCCCGGCCCGGCUAGGGUGACUCCGGACUCGCCGGUCGCCGUCGAGGGUUCCCGAGUGAUACUCACCUGCAUGGCCAGCCCGGCCGGUUAUCCCGAACCGCAGUACGAAUGGCGGAAGGAGGGCGAGGACGACACGACCCUGACGCCGCCGCCAUCCGGCCCGAAGUACGAGAUCGACUCGGUGCACCUCGGCAGCGAGGGCACAUACAAGUGCCAUGCGAUCAACGAGAUCGGCAUUGGCGAAGCCGCAUCAGUAAACCUCACCGUUCACCAGCCGCCAAAGAUACUCACCAAACUGCAACCUCAUGUCACGAGAAAAGUCGGCGAGUCGUCGUUCCAAGUAUCCUGCGUAGCGCAGGGCAAGCCGCGGCCUAGCGUGCGCUGGCUGAAGGACGAUCAAGAAUUAACGGCCGACGAGAGGCUCUACAAAGUAAUUACGACGGCGUCGGAGGGCCACGGUAGCGUAAUAACCGUAAAUUCCACGUUGAGCUUUUUGGGUCACGCUCGUCCGCAGACGGACGAAAUCGUGGCGGCCGAUCGCGGCAAGUAUACCUGCGUCUUCAUGAACGAGGUGAAGAAAGUCGAAUCCACGAUGAUGCUCAAGGUGGAACACGAACCGAUAGUGCUCCAUCAACACGGCAAGGUGGCCUAUAAUCUCCGGGAAACUGCCGAGGUGGCCUGCAAGGUACAAGCGUGGCCAAAGCCUGAGUUUCAGUGGAGCUUCGGAACCAACGCCGCGACUCUUCAGGGCUCCUCCAGCGACGGUCAUUAUGAAAUCACUACCACAAGCGACAAUUAUGACGCGUACACAUCCGUCCUAAGAAUGACCAAUAUCCGUGAAUCUGAUUAUGGCGAUUAUACCUGUCGCGCCGCCAAUGCUCAAGGUAGCGUCACGUCUACCAUCAGAUUACAACCGAAGGGAGCGCCGGAAAGACCAACUAAUAUCACUGCCAUGGAAAUUGGGCCCACAUACGUUGCCCUUUUGUGGCAACUAGGUUUCGAUGGUGGCCUGCCUAUUACGAAGUAUUUUGUUUCGUACAGAAGAGUGGCCGGUGGUGACGAGAUAGUAGCGCCGGAUUGCGCACCUCCUCGCGGACCGGCCGGCCAAUGGCUCGAGCUCGAUUGCCGACGAUCGAAUCCAUGUAACGUGACCAAUCUAGAACAACACCAGACUUAUACCUUUAAGGUGAAGGUUUAUAACACCAAAAAUCAUUCCGAUUACUCCGACGAGGUAACCGCUACUACAGCGGUAGCGAAGAUACCUACUCCGCUGCGGGUGAACUUUGAUCCGGAGAGCGGCACGCUCGCUAUUAACGUAGGUGCCACGUGUCUGGCGUUAGUGGCGUCUAUCGAGAAGUUCGACGGAGGCUCUGAUAGUUCGUGGAGAAUUGUUGAUGAGUGGCCUCUCGAAGUUCUCGGGAGUGCACCCACUCAAAGGGAAGGAAUAUUGGACGAUCCCGAAGCAGCUGAUUCGGAACCUCGGCUCAGAGUUAGACUCUGCCUCAAAGCGGAUCGGCAGAAGUGCGGCGAAUACGCGGAAGCCGAAAUUGGACCAUCUUAUAUCGCGCAAGCCGGUGCUCUUGCAACGCCAACUUUAAUCGCACUGAUAGUAAGCGGAGCAGUUUUUCUACUCUUUGCAGCAUUGCUGCUGCUGUUCUGCCGGUGCCGGCGAAAACACACGACUAAGGCGAAAGAUUACGAAAUGGAUUCAAACGCCGUUCGCCCGAGUCUCGUGGCAGGUAACGGCCAACAAACGCAACCACCGCCGCCUUACUAUGCCGAGAAUAAAGCGCUGGAACAUAGCUUGGAUCAUGCCCUAGCUCUAGAAGACUCGAAAACUCCCGCUUACUCGCAAUCAGGAUAUGGUUAUCAUCAACCUAAUCAUAACAUUAAUGGCGUGAAUAUGGGAUACAUGGAUAACAGUUACUCAAAUUCCAAUAAUGGCGGUUCCGUGAACUCGCAGGAUUCUAUAUGGCAGAUGAAGUCCGCCGCGGCAAAUGGCGUUAAUCAGCCCUACGAUCUUGCCGGAUAUGGCACUACGGAAUCCGAUUACCCCACGCAUCCUCAUUAUCUCCCGCAACGGGAGAAUUACAGAGAGAGCCAUAAUCUGAGCCGACAGCAGUUCUGUUCGGAGCCCUUCGCCACCGUCGUCAAGUCUCAGAAACACGUUGAUUCACCUUACGAUGUGUCGGGAUUGCCGUAUCAGGAGAAUUAUGAUGAAGAUACGAAGCCGCCGCAACAGGUCAGUCUCUCAUACGACGAGAGUCUGGAAUCGGGCUACUCCACGCCAAACAGGCGUAGAAUUAUCAGGGAAAUAAUCGUUUGAGACCUGCCUACCGGCUCACGAGCCGGAAACACGCGUACCACUUGGCUAUAGCAGCAGGCCCCCUGUCAUACGGUGACGCAGCAUCAGACACACCCGCAUCUUUAUCAUCGUCAUCGACAUCGUCAUCAUAUGGAGAUAGUACUUGAGAAUCCUUCCGUACCGCCGUCGGCGAGGACACCUGCCGCGCCGUCAAUUGCGACGUCGGCCACAUCGCAACUGGGUCUUCCGAUGCGUCCACCACAUCAUCUUCCGCAACACGCAGCUUACGAUGCAGGUAUAGGACGUGGUCCAUCGUUACUGCCCGCGGAGGAUUAUUAUGCGAGAAAUCUGCAUGGACUGACAUCGUACGGCGAUCUGGAUGACACUGGUGUGCCAGCGCCGAUGAUGGUCCGACGAGUCGACAAAUCUGGAUUACUGGAAAUCGCAGAGACAGAUCCUGUGACAUGUCCGCGUCCUUGCGUGCUCACUGGUGCGGAGGAUGCCGCCGCACGCACCGUGUCGUUACGGGUCGAUCGUUCGGGGCUAUUAGAAGCCGUUCCCGAAGCUAUCGAUCAGAUGGAAGAACAAUAUAACAAUGGCAAUGCAACGACGACAAAGAUGCUCGAUGAGGCCGCGUCUCUUCCACGAGGAGAAACGUUAAAAGUGGAUACUGACGUGAAUCCUCGCGUGUUCGAGGGAGAUUGUCUAUUAGAACGGCCUUCUUCCUUGGAGGGGCAAGCCUGCCCGGACGAAAUCGACACGAAGGGCUGUACGGUGGAUAUCAAAGCAUUAACCGGAAUUCGAUUUGACGCUUCCAAAGCCACGGAGAGGCUAUCGCACUUGCCGUUCUUACCCGGUCCUUCCUUGCGCCUUUCUUUUCGGAACGAUGCUUCGAGGACAUCUUCUCUGACAGACCGUUGCGCGGAUUCGGCCCGAUUGCGUAAUCAAAAAUCUCCAGAAUUUGCCGCGAAGUAUAGUUCCACUUCCAGGAAACUCGCCAACUUGUCGCAGAGUCCGAUUACGCGAGAACAAUCGCAGGUAAGAUAUUCCAAGGACAACGAUUUAGCUCAAAUUGUCUUGGAAGAAUCAGCGGUCGAUACGAGCGAAACGCGCCGCGAAUCGCUACUCGCGAAAGGAAACGCGGAGCAAGAGGACGAUCCACCGGGAGAGGAGAGAGCCGAGGCGGAAGGAUGCGAACAUACGACCGUCGAGAGUCUUGAAAAGGACGAGGUAUCGUUCAAAGGGUCCAACAAACUUCUCGACAACGAUAAUGUCCAAACGCUCAGAGUGAUUAUUCUAUCGGAACAAUUGUGAAAGUGAUUGUGUAAAUUGAAUGCAAUAAUUAUAGGCAAUGAUAUAAUGGUAUGUGCAUGUGCCGGGAAUGAACAGAUAUCAACAGAUAUCAACGAUACAAUCUACCGAGACAAAUUAUCAACUGUCGACAAUGAGGGCGAUGCAUUUUGCGCAAAACAUCGCUCUUCCUUGUCUGUUUAAUUUAUCGACUUUUGCUAAUAAGUUUAUAUAAUUAAAAAACUUGUCCAAGAAAUUUUAUUAUUUGAUAUUUAUGUAUUUUUGUUGAAUAUUAAUCGCACUACUUUGAGAACAUUUUGAGAAAUCAAAUAAUAUCAUAUAGACAAUAUCGUAAUAUAAUAGCCUUGUUUAAUCUUAAACCGCUCGAGACUGAUUGAAUAUUAUUAUUAUUAUUAAUGGUUUGAAUCCGGCCUUGUAUCAUUAUUUAAUAAUGCUAUCAAUCUUGAAAUAACUGCCAUUCCGGAUUCAAUGCGUUAAUGUAAUUAAUCAGCCUGGACACUCGAGCUUACAACGAAAUUUUUUUAUGCAUUUGUCGUAAUGUUACUUUAUUGAGUUGACUAAUAUGAUGAUAUUACGCUCAUAUGAUUUCAUUGCAUUUAUUCGUAUUUUCUGCGUAUUUGCGUUUUUUUUUUUCUAUCGAGCGAAUCUGAAGGGGACGUGCGAUACUCCUCGUAAGAUGUGUGUUUACAAGCGAUGUUCACGUGUUUUACGAUAAUAAAAUAUAAUAAAAUA